AGAAAUCGUAUGCGCGGGUUUAUAUCGAAUUUAAAUCGCUGUUUUUUAAAGUAAAUCACAUAAUUGAAGUGUAAAAAAUGAAUCCGCCGGCCGCGCGACCUACAGGACGCUUUGUACGUGGUCGCGGACGAGGUGGAGGUGCUUAUCGUCCGUAUUUUUAUUUUCGUCGCAACGGACGUACGAUACCAGCUGGUGGACGUGGAAAUACUGAUGCACCGGCUCGUGCAAAUUACUCAGGCUGCCGUGGGCAAAGACGCGGAGCAAUGCAAAAUAAUUAUUAUACCCACCCACCGAAUGUAGUAUUAGAUUCGUCUUUUCUGCGGCCAGAAUGCUAUGCUGCACCUGAUGAUAUCCAAAACACCGUUCAAAGUUUUCGUGCGGAUAUGCCCCCACAUUGCCCCGGCUGGCAUUUAUAUUUUCCACAAGAACCCUAUAAUGAAACAUCAGAGCUAGCAAAUCGUAUUAAAGCAGUUGAAGAGUAUUUUAUAAAAAAUCAAGAGACUUAUGUAUUUAAAAAAAUACAACACGAAAAGUACUUUAAUUUGGAGGCAAUACAUGUUUGUGGCGACAAGGCACUUACAACUGUUUGGCCUAAGUUGAAAGAAGAUAUGCUGGAGCGAACGUCACGUACUCUAGCAACAUUUGCCGUCGCCAUGCACAAAGCAAUAACAAUGUCUGCCGUAAAUAGUGCAACCAGUCAGCUGGCCAGUAGCAGUACCGCUUAUGUGCCUCGCUGUACUUUACCACGAAAAAUAUACGUACGACCGAACGGUUUUGCGGAAAUUAAUUUAAUUUCACACUUGAAUAGAACGAUGAUAGGGAACUUAUGCAGUGUACGCGGAGCUGUGUCUGCCAUAGGCAUAGUAGAAGCGGCGGCCACAUGGAUAGCAUAUAAAUGUCCGCGCUGUGGACAGGAGCAAGCAAUGAGACAAACCGGAUUUUACAUAUCACGACCGCAUAGCUGCAAAAGAGAAGGCUGUCUCGCGAAGAAGAAUUUUAUAGAACAGCGUUCCUCACCUUACACACGGAUCACACCACAGCAAAUUAUACAACUUCAGGAGGCCAAUCUACAAGCGCCUAUUGACAGAGAAUACGAUUCAUCAAGCAUGCUUGAUGUCGAGUUAAGAUACGAUUUGGUUGAUACGCUCGUAGCAGGUGACGAGGUCAUUAUUUGUGGCAUAAUUAAAAUACGUACAUUGGACGACGAGCAGAAUGCAAAUCCACGUUCCUCUGUAACCACAAGUAAAAUCUACAUGAAAGCAGUUUCCAUUAAGAAAGUAAAACAUUUGGGACACACAUUCACUCAGCGAGAUAUGGAUGCAAUUUCCAUGAUAAACUCUGAGCCUGAUAGUUUUAAGCUUCUAUCACAUUCAGUUGCGCCUGAGUUACAUGGACAAGAGAUAGUGAAAGCAGGUAUUUUGCUAUCACUCUUUGGUGGCGCUGGUUCACAAAUACACGAAGAGUCUGAGAUUAACGUCUUAUUAGUGGGUGAUCCUGGUAUUGGCAAAUCCCAUUUGCUCGAGAUGUCUGCAAAAAUUUCAGAAAAAGGCACUUUCCUCAGUGGCAAACAUUGGUCUCCCGCCACACAGUCUUUAACUACCGCACUUCAAGGUCGUACAAAUCACAUUCUCAGUUCGGGUGCACUCACUAUUUCCAAAACAGGCCAUUGCGCCAUCGAUGAUAUAGAUCGUUUAGCUUCCCAACAGGAUGCUUUAGUGCAAAUAAUGCAGUCGAAAAUGGUCUCACUACCAUUCUCAAAUUUAUAUGCAACUAUAGCUAUGCCGACAUCUGUUAUUGCAGCCGCAAAUCCACUUCGUGGUCACUACGAUCACUCGCGACUACUCACCGACAACACACGUUUGAGCAGUGCAUUACUCCAGCAAUUUCACUUAGUAUUUCUGCUAUUGGAUAAGUCGAACAAAGACUUGGACACCUCAUUAACAGAUCACAUUAGAGCAAUGCACGACGGCAUAAAGAAAAAUGCUGCGAUUGCACAACGCUUCGACAGAAAACCGAAAACGAAUAACUCCAUGAACUUAUCACUGGGUGAUGAGGAAUUGGAUGAUGACCAAUAUGACUUAAGUGCGCGUUUAAAGCUAAAAUACGAUGAUUUCAAAGAGGAGGAACUAGAUUUGCUGCCGCCCAUAUUGCUGAAGAAAUUCAUAGCAUAUGCACGCCAACAAUUGCGUCCUUUAUUGAACGCUGAAGCUGCCGAAGCGCUUAAAACCUUUUAUAUGAGCUUGCGUGACAAAGUAGACGAAGAGCAAAGUUACAGUGUAUCAACAAGAUCUGGCAACCCUAAAGUUGCAAUCCGGCAACUCACAACUUUAUCGUAAAGUUUGAUAAUUUUGAUGUUAUAGAUACUCAGAACGUUUUGACAUACAAGCGCUGUUUGUGUUGUUCACAGUAACUUAAAAUAUUCUUCUCUUAAACGCGAACAUUGUCGCGUGAUUAUUUUUUACGACUUUCGGCGUUGAUUAACUCAUCAAGAGCUUAAUUCCGUUUUUGGCGAUGAAGCUCCAUCAAGGACUAGUGUUUAUCGAUGGUAUGGUGAUUUCAAUCGAGGUCGUAGAUCACUCAAAGACGGACUUCGUGAAGGUGAUCCAAAUUGCGUUGUUCCGGUAACCUUUGAUGCUGUGCACAAACCAAUAUUGCCAGGAAAACAAAUUUCUUCACCACGACAAUGCGAACUCUCACACAUCGACUGAAAUAACUGCAUUUGCGUUUAUAUGGCGUUUUGGAUGCAUGUUUUUGAGAAUCUCAAUCAGAGUUGAAAAAGUGCUUCGACAAUUGUUUCAAAGGCAUGAAAAAUUUUAUAGAUCUUUAUGGCGAAUAUUUAAAAAAACAAUAAAAAAAAUUAAAA